UUGUUUUCUAUAUUCUUUUACCUAAUAAAAAAUAUCGCUAAUCUCACCACUAACUCCCCUCUUUCGAUAAAUCCGCCACAUUUCCUUCCUCCCCUCUUUCCUUUCUCUCUUUAUCUCUAACUCCAUUGAAUCAUCAUCGUCAUCACCAUCAUCAUGCUCUCCAUCUCCUCUUCCUCCUCCUCCGAACCCUCGUCGUCGUCGUCCUCCGCGACCCGGUCCAGAAAAAAACCGGCCGCUUCCGGGCCCCCGGCCGAGACCAAGUGGCGCACCGGCGCCCAGCAGCGCGCCUACGGCCGCCGCCUCCUCGCGGCGCUCCGCGCCGCGCGCGCCCGCGCCGUCAAGGAGGCCGCCGACUCCGCCCUCGCCCUGACCGCCGGCGGCCAGUCUCGCUGGAGCCGCGCCGUCCUCCUCGCCCGGCGCCGCAAGCCCCUCCUCCUCAAGUCCUCCGCCGGAAAACUCCGCCGCCGCCGCCGCCGCCGCCUCCCCCCGCCACCUCCGGCUCCGUCUCCGGCGAAGCCGAAGGUGAAGGAGCGGCUCCGGCUGCUGGGGCGGCUGGUGCCGGGGUGCCGGAAACUGCCGGCGCCGAGCCUGCUGGAGGAGACGGCCGACUACGUCGCGGCGCUCGAGAUGCAGGUCAAGGCGAUGCGCGCGCUCGCCGACGCCCUCUCCGCCGCCGCGCUUUCGCCGCCUCCCGAUGGCGCCGUCGAAGAUCCCCGCGGCUGAGACUGCGCCGAGUUUGAUCGGAACAUAUAUUCGACUCGAAUAAUAAAAAGAGAGAUUAAUGUCGUACGAGUGAUUGGGGAUUUGGUGUUGGUGUAAAUUCGGAUUUAAUACUUGUAUAUUAUGACGAUGCGUUUUCCCUUCUAACCAUGUUGAUCGUGAUGGUAAUUCUGAAAAUUUGUUCUUAAUUAGGCUUUGUUUUUGUCUCAUAAUUAAGAAAGCUUGUUAGAGCUUGGUUAGUCGAAAAUUAACAAGAGAUUAUAGGCAAAUUGGCCAUUUAUUUUCCUCAA